AUGGCAUCCCGCCGCGCUCUGCGCACCCUCAAUAACCUUGCGACCCGUCGUGCCCACUCCACCAGCUCUGUCUCCGCAAAUGAGCUUUCGCAUUUCUCCGCCCUGGCCAGCAGCUGGCGUUCCUCCUCCUACACCUUCCGCCGCCUCCUCCGCCUCCCCCCCGCAACCAACCCCAACACCCUCCGCUACCUCGACAUCGGCUGCGGCGGCGGCAUCUUUGCCGAGUCCCUCGCGCGCAGCAUCAGCACCUCGCCCACCAGUCAAACGGCGACCCCGACGCGCGCCGCCUCCAUCACAGCAAUCGACCCCUCGACGACCCUAAUCCAGAUCGCGCGCGACCACGCCCGGCUCGAUCCCACGGUCGACGCGCACCUCCGCAGCGGCCGCUUCGAGUACAAGAACUGCACGUUGGAAGACCUCAUCGCCUCGCAACAAACACUCACCUCCACCUCUACCACCUCGCCCACCUCUCCCACUACCCCUAUUUCUCCGAAAUAUGACAUCGUCACCCUCUUCGAAGUAAUCGAACACAUCGAAUCCACCCCGUCGGCGGGGAUUACCCCGCAAUCAUUCCUGACAGACUGCCUGCGGCUCGUGCGGCCCGGCGGCUGGCUGAUCGGCUCGACCAUCGCGCGCACCUUUCCCUCGUGGCUGGUCAACCAGGUCAUCGCGGAGGCGCCGUGGCCCAUCGGCGUCGUGCCGCGCGGCACGCACGAGUGGCAGAAGUUCGUGAACCCGGGGGAGUUGGAAGGGUGGGUGCAGGAGGGGCUGAUGCGCGCUGCGGAUGGCCGGGCGGUGCGGGCGGGCGCCGCGGCGCUGGAGGGGAUGCGGUGGAAGUGUGUCGGCGUGGUGUAUUUCCCUGGGUUCGGUUGGAAGUUGGUGCCUGGAUCGGAGAGUUGGGGGAAUUACUUCUGGGCGGUUCGGAAGGGGGUUUGA